AUGUCUACGGCUGCGGACUUAUCGUGCGAUUGCUGUGGUGUAGAUCUGAGCGCAUAUCUGCGCGUUGCUGCUCUGGCCAUCUCCGUCUAUGAUUGGCUAUGGACCAUCCCGGUAGAGGUCGAAAUCUAUAGCGCAGAGACAUCGCUCUUUAAUCUGAGUCGUCCUUGUGUUCUUUUUAUCAUGAUCCGAUACGUCAGUAUAAUAACCGUGAUUUCUAACUGUGUGGGGUAUUUUUCGCACAAUUUCUCGUACGAAAUGUGUGCACGCUACAUGUGGCUUUCACCCGUGAUGAAACCCAUUCAGAGCCUAAUUGCACAUAUAAUACUAUUUGUGCGAACUUGGGCGAUUAGCGGACGGGCACAGUGGGUAUUCUGGGCGCUCUCGAUGAUGCUGGCAGCCACUGUUACUCUCGAAUUUUAUUCAACGCUUUACAGGCGCGCCCCCUUGCAAAAUGAGCCCGGCAACUGCUCAUCCGUGGAUGCCAGUGGCUUGAAGAUCGCAUGGGUUUUCUAUCUUGUCUGCAUGGUUUACGAAGGGUUGUGCAUUGCUAUCGCAACGGGAUACCUUUGGAUGCAGUCUGUCAGCAUAAGCGGUAUCCAUGGCCUUGCUCGUGUUCUCCUCAAGGAAGGGCUUGUCUACUUUACCUUCCUUACAGCCGUAAAUAUUCUCAAUCUAAUCAUAUACAUUGUUGCUCCCUUGAAUUCGCAAACUGCCGCUGCCGCGCUCGGGUUCGCACUUACAUGGAUAAUGGCGCAACGGAUCCUCAUUCAGCUGCAUAAAUUACGCGGCGGCGUGCGGGCACGCUCCUUUUCGUUCUCCCUCGACGCCGCGUCGGGUAUCGGAGGGCUUGCGGAGCAAGAUCAGACGAAGGAGAGCUCCGUGCACGCACUGACGUUCCACACACAGUCGCCACCGGUCGUCUCGUGGAAAUCGCGCUCGACGCCGAUGGUGGGCGACGAAGCUGUUGUCGCACAAGGGAGCGCGAUUGAGCUCAGUGCGCAAAUGGGUACUGCCACGAGAUCGCGUCGGGCGUCGGUUGACCUCGGUGAGUUACCGAGUAGAGAUGAAUGUGCCUGUGAGGUGGACGUCGAGAGCUUGCAGACGAGGCGACGCAGUUUGCGGCUCCAGCGAUGA